AUGAGCAGAAGCAACAGUCCAAAGCUCUCCCGAGCCGGAUCUCAUUCUUCACUCUGGAGGUCUUGGAGUCCUAUGCUUGAUGGUUUAACUAACUACGACAAAUCACGCCGGAACUACCCUUGGUUGGCGAACGAUGACAUGGAAGAAGGGUUAUACGAGCCUCAGACUUCUCGACACUCAAGACGACUGUCAUUACUCGCCGAGGUUCCUGAUACCGUAAGCCAGUCCGAUCGGUCCAUCAAGUCUACGGAUGACUUAGAGGAACAGUCAGCUCCAGGGCCUCUUCUCGAACCUCAGGAUGGGGAUCCCAACCUUGUCACCUGGGACGGUCUUCAAGACCCUAGUAACCCCCACAAUUGGAGUAAGCACAAGAAAUGGGUCUCCACUAUUCUUGUCUCUUGUUUCACCUUCAUCUCUCCUGUGUCUUCGACAAUGCUGGCUCCCGCUCUACCGGAUUUGGCAGCCGAGCUCAAGACCUCGUCAGAUUUUGAGACAUACUUACUCAUGUCAAUCUUUCUUCUGGCAUACGCAAUCGGUCCAUUCGUAUUGGCCCCGUUGUCUGAGAUGUUUGGCAGAGUUGUUGUUCUUCAGUCAGCAAACAUGUUUUACCUGGUAUUCAAUACCGUGUGUGGAUUUUCUCAGACAAAGCAGCAAAUGCUGGUCUUUCGCUUUCUGAGUGGUCUCGGUGGAAGUGCUCCACAAGCGCUUGGAGGAGGCGUGCUGAGUGACUGCUGGCGCAAGGAAGAACGAGGAACGGCGACUGCCAUUUACAGUCUUGCUCCGUUCUUAGGACCUGCAGUAGGACCAAUUGCUGCUGGUUAUCUAACUCAGCAUUUAAACUGGCGUUGGAUCUUUUGGGUUGUUUCUAUAGCUGAUGCUGUGGUUCAGGUACUUGCGUUCCUGUUCCUGCAAGAGACAUACCCGCCCAAGAUUCUCAAAAUCAAGGCCAGAAAUCUCCGCAAGCUGACCGGCAACAAGUAUCUGCAUACCGUGUUUGAGCAACUAGAUCGAACAUUCAUAUCGUUGCUGCUGGACAACUUAAAGCGGCCCUUUAUCAUGCUCUUCACACAGCCAGCUAUACAAAUUACUGCACUAUACCGUGCUUACUUGUAUGGUUUGAUGUAUCUAGUGUUCGCAUCGUUCCCUGUGGUAUGGGAGCAGCAAUACAAUCAGCAACCUGGCCGUGCCAGUUUAAACUAUAUUUCUCUCGGUAUCGGCUUUGUCAUUGGACUUCAGAUUUCUGGUCCCUCAAUUGAUAAGGUUUACAUUAUGCUUAAAGACCGUCACAAUCAUCCUGGACGACCUGAAUUUCGCGUUCCGUUGAUGUUCCCUACAGCUCUGGUGACGCCUGCUGGUCUCGUUCUUUAUGGCGUUGCAGCGCAUCUCAAGCUCCACUGGAUAAUACCCAAUAUUGGAGCAGCGAUCUUCGCUGCAGGCCUCAUUCUUUCGUUCCAAUGUGCUCAGACAUACAUCAUUGAUUCAUAUGAAAGGUAUUCUGCAAGCGCUACCGGAGCUGCAGCCUUUGUACGCACAAUGGCAGGAUUCAGCUUUCCUUUGUUCGCACCGGCGAUGUAUCAGAAACUGGGAAUUGCGUGGGGGAAUGGAUUGCUUGCUGGGACAGCUAUGGUUCUUGGACUUCUCGCUCCUGUUGUACUGUGGCGUUAUGGAGAGUAUAUCCGACGGAAGAGUCCUUAUUGUGCAGGGUAA